ACUUGAGGAUUAAACUAUUGCAGUCUGGGAAAUAUUGUAUGGCUUCAGGAUCAACUUGAGGAUUAAACUAAUGCAGUCUGGGAAAUAUUGUAUUUUCCCCAUAUUGAAGAAAAUCUCUCUGCCAGAGGAUCAGUCCAGGUGUGCAGUGUGUCAGCAGGUGCAGAGGGAUCCAGUCUCUAUCUCCUGUGGAUACAGGUUCUGCAGACAGUGCAUCACCAGAUACUGGGAGAAACCUGCUCCUUCAGGAGACGAUGACUGUCCUCAGUGUAGAAAGAAAUCCAGAACACGUCCUGUACUACGGCACCUGAGUGAACCCAAUGAUGCCAGAGGCUCUAAAAAUAUGGACGACAACCUGCAGAGAGCCAUAGUAAACCACAAAGACAGUCUGAAAAGGAGGUAUGAAUGUGUGGUAGGCAUUGAAAAAGCAGGGAUUCAAAGUCCCCUGAACAGGAUUUACACAGAGCUCUACAUCACAGAGGGAAAGCGUGAAGGGUUUAACAAUGAACAUGAGGUGUGGCAGCUAGAGACAGCAUCCAGGACACCAACCUCACUUGACACAGCAAUCCACUGCAAUGACAUUUUUAAACCAUUACCUGGCCAAGAGAGAAGCAUCAGAACUGUGCUGACGAAGGGUAUCGCUGGCAUCGGAAAAACAGUCUCUGUGCAGAAGUUCAUCCUAGACUGGGCUGAAGGGAAGGCAAACCAAGAUGUGGAUGUCAUAUUUCUGCUUCCUUUUCGGGAGCUGAACUUGAUUAAAGAUCAGCAGUACAGUCUGCUUGGACUUCUAAAUUAUUUCCACACAGAACUAGACAUAGGCAAUGCAAAGAAACUCACUGCCUGUAAAUCUAUGUUCAUCUUGGAUGGUUUGGAUCAGAGCAGAUUUCCAUUGGAUUUCCAGCACAAUGAAAAGGUGUCUGAUGUCACACAGACAUCGUCUGUCGAUGUUCUGCUGACAAACCUCAUCAAGGGGAAUCUGCUUCCCUCUGCUCUCCUUUGGAUAACCUCCCGACGAGCAGCAACCAAUCAGAUCCCCCCUGAGUAUGUUGACCAGGUAACAGAGGUACGAGGGUUCAAUGACCCACAGAAGGAGGAGUACUUCAGGAAGAGAUUCAGUGAUGAGGACCUGGCCAGCAGAAUCAUCUCACACAUAAAAACAUCAAGGAGCCUCCACAUCAUGUGCCACAUUCCAGUCUUCUGUUGGAUUUCUGCAACAGUCCUUGAACACAUGUUGAGUACAGACAAGAGCAGAGAGAUGCCCACGACUCUGACUGAGAUGUCCAUACACUUCCUGCUCAUUCAGACCAGCCUGAAGAACCAGAAGUAUCAUGGAAGAGAUGAGAUGGAUCAAGAGGAGCUCAUGGAAUCAGAUAAGGACAUUCUUCUGAAGCUGGGGAAGCUGGCGUUUGAACAUCUGGAGAAGGGUAAUCUGAUGUUCUAUGAAGAAGACCUGAAAGAGUGUGGCAUUGAUGUCAAAGAAGCCUCAGUGUACUCAGGAUUGUGCACACAAAUCUUUAAAGAAGAGUCUGUGUUCUUUCAGAGAGUGGUGUACUGCUUUGAUCAUCUGAGCAUUCAGGAGUUUCUCUCAGCUGUCUACAUAUACCAUUGUUACACAACCAAGAAAAUGGAUGCACUGAAGCCCUUCCUCAAGAGAAAGUCUAGAGGUGCAUCUGAAGAGCUAACCUUGGAUGAGCUGCUGAAGAGUACCGUGGAUAAAGCCUUGGAGAGUAAGAAUGGACACCUGGACCUUUUUGUCUGCUUCCUUCAUGGCAUGUCACUGGCAGCCAAUCAGAAACUCCUACGAGGUCUGGUGACACAGACAGAAAGCAGUCCAGAGAGCGUCGAGAGAACGAUCCGAUCCCUUAAGGUGAUGCAGAAGAACAUGUCCCCUGAGAGGUGGAUUAAUCUCUUCCACUGUCUGAUAGAGAUGAAAGACCAGUCAGACCAGGAGGAAAUCCAAGCAUACUGGAGGUCAGAGAACACAUCCAAAAUCCUCACACUUGCUCACUGUUCAGCACUGGCCUACAUGCUGCAGAUAUCAGAGGUGGUUCUGGAUGUGUUUGACCUGAAGGUAUACAAGACGUCAGAGGAGGGUCGUAGGAGACUGCUCCCAGCUGUGAGGCGCUGCAGGAAAGCUCUACUCACUGACUGUCACUUCUCAGACACGUUAUGUGAAGUGUUGGCUUCAGUUCUCAGCUCAAACUCCUCACAUCUGGUAGAGCUGGAUCUGAAUGAAUGUUAUGGCCUGACGGAUUCAGGAGUGAAACUGCUCUCUGCUGGACUGGGAAAUCCACAAUGUAAACUGGAGACUCUGAGCUUGUCGCUCUGUGGAGUUGAAGAGGAAGGCUGUGCAUCUCUGGUCUCAGCUCUGAGGUCAAACCCCUCACACCUGAGAGAGCUGGACCUGAGUAACAAUCGCUCAGGAGACUCAGGAGUCAGACUGCUCUCUGCUGGACUGGAGGAUCCACACUGCAGACUGGAGAAACUCAAUGUGGAACCUGGUGGAGUGUACACAAUCAAACCUUGGCCUAGAAAAUAUGCCUGUGAUCUCACACUGGACCCAAACACAGUAAACAUAAAGCUCUCUCUGUCUGAGGACAACAGAAAGGUGACACGUAGCGAAGAGGCUCAGCCGUAUCCUGAUCACCCAGAGAGAUUUGUGGACUGUGAACAGGUGCUGUGUAGAGAGGGUCUGACUGGGCUCUGUUACUGGGAGGUAGAGAGGAGUGGGAUAGGGGCUGAUGUAGGAGUGACAUAUAGAGGAAUCAGCAGGAGAGAAGGGGGGGAUGAGGACUGUGUGAUUGGACAGAAUGACAAGUCCUGGAGUCUGAGCUGCUUUAACAACCGUUACACUGCCUGGCACAAUGAUAAUUACACUGACAUAGACGUCCCGUCCUCCAGCUCCCACAGACUAGGGGUGUAUCUGGACUGGCCAGCCGGCACUCUGUCCUUCUACAGAGUCUCCUCUGACUCACUGACCCACCUGUACACAUUCCACACCACAUUCACUGAGCCCCUUUAUCCAGGGUUUCAGCUUUGGGAUGACUCCUCUUCAAUGUCCCUGUGUCAGGUGGUCCCUGUGCCAAACACUUGAUGUUUGACUCUAAUCCUGGUUAUGUUCAGUAAGACACACUGGAACAAAUAUUGAUAUGAACUCUCUAGUCAUGAGUUAACAGAUGAUUAUUAUAUCUAAAUAUUCAUGAUUAUGCACCACUGAAGUUGAUAGACAUUGUAAAAUACCAAUGAAUAGAAUGUAUCACCACUGUGGUUAAAACGUCUCAUUUAGACAUCAUUGAUCGCGCUGUUAUUGCUUUUUAUGUUGGUAAAUAUUCCUGUCUGUAAAAUGGUUGACUAAACAAUCCUGCUUCUGUAUAAACAUAAAUUCCACUGAAUGAAAUGUACAGGUCACAGAUUUGACUAAUAAAGGUUAAUCAACCAGAUGAAAGAA